CCACCAGUCGACCAUCAUCCAUCGCCACAUGUUGGUUCGCAUCUUUCCAUGAGCCACGAGCCCAUAUCCAGAGGCGUGCGCUUUCUGGACAGAAACGCUGCUCCCGCUCCCGCUGCCGCCGAAAUGAUCCCUACCGUGAUAAACGGGCCUGUCGCCAACGACUCGUCUGGUUCCGAGUCGCCAGAGUCAGAAUCCGAUCAGGACGCGUCCCAACAACGCCUUGGCGAGUACUCGUUUGCUCCCCCCGUUUCGACGCCCAUCGAGGAAGCCCCAGAAACCGGCGCAGCCUACACUUGGAGUGGAGGCCAGUCCUCUCGCCCGCGGGAACCACCCCCCAUCCAGACAAACGGCAUGAGCAGCGGCCGCACCCCUCGCCCCGCUGCAGUUCGAACGCCCAGCAACGCAUAUGCUCCUGCCAGAAGGCCUCAGCAGUUCAGUCUCAACUCUUCCAAUCGCCAUCGCACCCCCUCGACCAAUCGCGCCCGCCGCAACCCCAAUGCCGAGUAUCGUGCUCAGGAGAAGGCUUACGUGCAGCGUAUUCGCCAGGAAAACGAGCAGGAAGACUUCUUUAGCGAUGUACGCACCCCGAGCCUGGGCGGCUAUAGCACGGAUACCGAUUCCGAGGAAGACGAGUCUCCUUCCACGGCCGACUAUGCCGAGAACGACCCCUAUGAUCAAGAGACGUUGCUCUACUAUGGCAACGACGACAUGCAGCCAUCUGUCGAGGAGCUCAAGAUCCCUGCGAACCGGGAAAGACUGGAGUGGCACUCCAUGUUGGCUAGUGUUUUGACUGGGGAUGUCGUCAAACAAGAGAAGAAGAGGUUGAUCGGCAGCACGGAGCAACAAGGUGACAGUACACUCAAAGCGGAAAUAUGGAUGGGAGUUCGCGCCAAAGUCACCGGAAGGUCGGUGCAGUCUCAGAGGCGUCUGGUCGACGAUAAGCGGGCGGGAAUUCGCACAGAGCUGGAGAGUAUAAUCACCUUCGAAGUGCAAGGCGCCGCCGAGGCCGGUCAGACCGCGGCCGCCCAGGUGAAUGAGGUCGUCAAGAAGAUUGACAAUAUCGAGAGCCUGUUCCCCACAAGACAGGCUCUAGAGUUGGCUCACCCCAGAGCAGCUUCGCAGGCCUAUAAAGACGCGUGCGACGCCGUGUUUGCUUGGAACAACACCACCGAUCUCAUAAACACCGAAAUGUCCAUUCUGAAGAAAUGGGUCGGCAACGACGAACUGGAUUUUUCCAAGCCUCGAGCCAGAUCAUCGCAAGACCACCACCUCACAGAUGACUCUUCCUUCAUCGAUCGCAUCCUGAAGGAGGACGGCCUUAAAUCGUUGCAGGGCGAAAGAAGUCUAUUGGUUGCUUUGGAAAAGGUGAUUCACAAAGCCAAGGCUACCCUCAUUGCCAAUGCGGAGAGUUUUGUCGAUCGCCAUCUGCCACCAUAUAUCGAGGAGUUGCUCACCUUGAUCAACUUUCCUUCUCGACUUCUCCAGGAAAUCAUUCGCAUGCGACUGUCAUAUGCCAAGAAGAUUCGUGAUCCUGCUCAGCAAGGCGUCCUAAUGGCAGAGCAGAUGAUUUCGCAGUUCCAGAUCCUCCUCACACUCGCUGGCAAAAUCAAAGAGAGUUACAUUGUCAUAUCUCGACCCGAACCUGGGUGGGACCUGCCCCCCUGCAUCGAAGAGAAUUUUGAUGUCGUAGUGUUGGAUGCCCUGAAAUUUUACUUCAAGAUGUUGAACUGGAAACUGUCAGCAAACAAGAAUACUUUCAAAGAAGCUGAGAUCCUGGAACAGGAAUGGGAAUUUUCCAAUAAGCUCGGCCGCCAACUUGAGGGGGGUGACGUAGAGACAGCCGAGCAAUUCAGCUCGCUGACUUCCAAGUCUCUAGCACGCUUGACGGCUCAUUUCGAAAAGGAGCUGCAACGCAGACCAGAUGAACUCAACGGUGCCGAGAUGAAAAAAAGGUAUAAACAAAUCUUGGACUCUGUCCGUGUACGGCAACGAAAGCUGUUUCGUUUCUCCAGAAUUCUCACUCAGCGAUUCGAAAACUGCACCGAGUACAACAUCAAUCAUAUCGAUCUGGAUCAGGAGCAGCUCAACGAUCUAUAUGAAUCGCUGAUCGCCACCGACCAUUUCCUGGUCGAAACAUCUGGAGGCGAUAAUUCUGGUCUAUAUAUCAUCGCUUCACCUGCUCUGCAGGACCGCCCAAAAGACAUCCAGUCACUACUGACCACCUGCUAUCACGCAGAGGAGAAUCCCGAGGACCCAUCCAACCCGUACGCGCUGAUCAUCAGACCCGAAGAGUCAAUGUACUGGACCGGAAAGAAGCUAAGCGCCAACAUUCGAACCCCACACCUUGACGUAAAGCCUGGCAGGCUUCGACUAGUUGCUGACGGUUCUCAGCAGCGUCUCGCCAACGCCAAUGCAUCGUUUCUGCACGCAAUCGGCACGGAUUUGAACACGUUGAUCGACCAGAGAGCCAAUCUUCGUCGUGUCAAUGAAGAGUUGCAGAAGAUCAAAAAGACAGCGUACAAGCUAUCCAACACUAUCAUGGAUAGCGUCGAGAUUGUGCGAAAUCAGACGGUUGGAAUCGAUUGCCAAGAUCUUAUUCAAACUUGUUUCGCAUUUGCUACCGAGUUUGGGCAACGCUCGUUGCUCUACAUGGACUACAACCGACGUGCCAUGAACAACAUCAAAUUGACCCGACUGGCUCUGGACUGGGUCAGCUUCAUCUGUGAUGACUGCGUUGCGUCGGACCGCAAGACAUUCCGAUGGGCGGUGGUUGCAUUGGAGUUUGCGAUGAUGAUGACCAGAGGACAGAACAUACUCUCCAUUAGUAACGAGGAAUACUCGAAACUUCGCUUGAAAGUUGCUGGUUGCAUGUCUGUACUGAUCUCUCAUUUCGAUAUCAUGGGAGCUAGGUCUACGAUCGCCGCCCAUGCCGAAAGGCAACGACUCAAUGCACUUGCCGGGAAGUCAUUUCUAGAUCCCAAGAACAUGAAGGACGAUGAAGAAUCGAUCCAAGUGACUCAAGAGCAGUGGAUGCAAAGAUUGGAAGAAAUCGACGUGAUCAGAAAGGAGAAGGAAGCCGAGCGACAAACUCUGGGGAGAGUAUUGGAAGACUCGAAUGAAGCAGACAGAGCGCUGACCUAUCUAUCAUCGUCUGCUUCCAAUGUGACAGUGCGGUGGCAGCAGGGCCAGUUCGUUGGAGGUGGCACAUUCGGUUCUGUGUAUGCAGCUAUGAACCUCGAUUCUGGUCAUCUCAUGGCCGUCAAAGAAAUUCGCCUUCAGGACCCCCAGUUGAUUCCUACCAUUGUUGCCCAGAUCAGAGAUGAGAUGGGUGUGCUACAGGUUUUGGAUCAUCCCAAUAUCGUUUCCUACUAUGGAAUCGAACCCCAUCGAGAUAAGGUAUAUAUUUUCAUGGAGUAUUGUUCUGGAGGCUCGCUGGCAGGGCUGCUAGAGCACGGCAGAAUCGAAGACGAAACUGUCAUCCAGGUGUAUGCUCUGCAAAUGCUGGAAGGGCUCGCAUAUCUUCACGACUCGCUUGUUGUCCAUAGGGACAUCAAGCCCGAAAAUAUCCUGCUCGAUCAACACGGUGUCAUCAAAUUCGUUGAUUUUGGCGCUGCCAAGGUAAUUGCACGCCAAGGAAGGACUUUGGCUGCUGAACACGAUGCUGCCAGGCAGGGGCGACAGCGAUCGAUGACUGGAACGCCCAUGUACAUGUCUCCCGAAGUGAUUCGUGGCACAAGCCUAGGCCGCCACGGGGCAGUCGAUAUCUGGUCUCUGGGCUGCGUCAUCCUCGAGAUGGCGACGGGUCGGCGACCCUGGGCGAGCAUGGACAACGAAUGGGCGAUCAUGUACCACAUUGCUCAAGGCGACCCUCCCCAGCUUCCUUCCAAGGAUCAACUCAGCGAUCAAGGCAUCGACUUCCUGAAACGAUGCUUUGAACGCGACCCUGCGCAGCGAGCUUCGGCGGUGGAGCUGCUACAGCAUGACUGGAUCAUGGCUUUACGCGCACAACUUUCACUCGAGCCAGCUACACCGAGCAGUGAUACCCCUACCUCAUCAAACAGUGCUGCCAGCACACGCCAGAACUCUGCUGUUUACGGGCAAUAG